GGGGCCGGCGGCGCCGCUUCCUCCAGGCCGGCGGAGGGCGCCCGGCCCGGUACGGCCCGGUACAGCCCGGCCCGGCUCGGCACGGCCCGGCCCCGUGCUGGAGGAAGCGGAAGCGGCAGCGGCGGGGCUGCAUCGCCGCCGGGCAGCGCCAACCAUGCAACAUGGCAGCAGCCAUGGAAACUGAACAGCCGGGCCUUGAAAUCUUCGAAACGGCGGGCCGUGAGGAGCAGGAGCAGAGAGAGGAACAGCCAAAACUGGAACCUUACUAUGUAGAGAGACAUUCCUGGAGCCAGCUCAGGAAACUGCUCACGGAUACGCGGAAGUAUCAUGGGUAUAUGAUGGCAAAAGCCCCGCAUGACUUCACGUUUGUUAAGAAAAAUGAUCCUGAAGGACCUCAUUCUGAUAGGAUCUACUAUCUGGCCAUGUCUGGGGAGAACAGGGAGAACACGCUCUUCUACUCUGAAAUUCCCAAAACCAUAAACAAAGCUGCCGUCCUGUUGCUUUCCUGGAAGCCUCUUUUGGAUCUUUUUCCGGCCAUCCUGGACUAUGGGAUGUACUCUCGUGAAGAGGAAUUGCUUCGGGAGAGGAAGCGAAUCGGCACCGUUGGGAUUGCCUCCUAUGAUUACCACCGAGAAAGCGGCACCUUUCUGUUUCAGGCUGGGAGUGGAAUUUAUCAUGUAAAGGAUGGAGGUCCUCAUGGAUUCACUCAACAGCCUUUAAGACCCAUUCUGGUGGAGACCAGUUGUCCGAAUAUCCGGAUGGAUCCCAAGCUUUGUCCAGCCGAUCCAAAUUGGAUUGCCUUUAUCCAUAGCAAUGACAUCUGGAUAUCGAAUAUAGAAACCAGAGAAGAGAGGAGGCUAACGUUUGUGCACAAUGAACUGGCCAAUGUUGAAGAGGAUCCAAAAUCUGCUGGCGUGGCUACUUUUGUGCUGCAGGAGGAGUUUGACAGAUACACUGGCUACUGGUGGAGCCCAAAGGCACAGCCAACACUGAAUGGGGGUAAAGUUCUUCGAAUUCUUUAUGAAGAAAAUGAUGAGUCAGAGGUGGAAAUUAUUCAUGUCACAUCGCCAAUGUUGGAGACGAGAAGAACAGAUUCCUUCCGGUACCCCAAAACUGGUACAGCAAAUCCAAAGGUCACUUUCAAGAUAUCUGAAGUGACAAUCAAUGCAGAAGGAAGAAUUGCAGAUGUUGUGGAUAAAGAGCUAGUUCAGCCCUUCGAGAUCCUCUUUGAAGGAGUAGAGUACAUUGCUAGAGCUGGGUGGACGCCAGAAGGAAAAUAUGUCUGGUCCAUCUUACUGGAUCGCUCCCAAACUCGACUUCAGAUAGUCUUGAUCCCUCCUGCAUUAUUCAUCCCAGUAGAAGAUGAUGCAAUGGAGAGACAGAAACUCAUCGAUACUGUACCAGAUUCUGUUACACCUUUCAUAAUUUAUGAAGAAACAACAGACAUCUGGAUAAAUAUCCAUGACAUCUUCUAUGUUUUCCCUCAAACCCAUGAAGAUGAGAUAGAGUUCAUUUUUGCAUCCGAAUGUAAAACGGGAUUCCGGCACCUAUACAAAGUCACCUCGGUUUUGAAGGAGAGCAAGUAUAAGCGGUCAUCUGGAGGUCUCCCUGCUCCAAGUGACUUCAAGUGUCCCAUCAAAGAGGAAAUAGCCAUUACCAGUGGGGAAUGGGAAGUGCUUGGGAGACAUGGGUCAAAUAUCUAUGUAGACGAAGCCAAAAAACUGGUGUAUUUUCAAGGCACAAAAGACUCGCCUUUGGAGCAUCAUCUGUAUGUCGUUAACUACGAGAAUCCUGGAGAAGUGAAGCGACUGACAGAGCGUGGUUACUCUCAUGCCUGCUGUGUCAGCCAGGAUUGUGACAUGUUCAUCAGCAAGUACAGCAAUCAGAAGAACCCACACUGUGUGUCACUUUACCGGCUGACAGGACCUGAAGAUGAUGCAGCUCACAGGACAAAGGAGUUCUGGGCUACCAUUUUAGAUUCAGCAGGCCCUCUACCUGAUUACAUUCCCCCAGAAGUGUUCUCCUUUGAGAGCUCCACGGGGUUUACACUCUACGGGAUGAUGUACAAACCUCACAAUCUGCAACCUGGAAAGAAAUACCCCACUGUGCUUUUCAUCUACGGAGGGCCUCAGGUACAGCUAGUGAACAACCGGUUUAAAGGAAUCAAAUAUUUCCGUUUGAACACCCUGGCCUCUUUAGGCUACGUUGUUGUUGUCAUUGAUAACCGGGGAUCCUGCCACCGAGGACUGAAGUUUGAAGGAGCCUUUAAAUACAAAAUGGGACAAAUUGAGAUCGAUGACCAAGUGGAAGGGCUGCAGUACUUAGCAUCCCAGUAUGACUUUAUUGAUUUGGACCGUGUUGGCAUUCACGGCUGGUCCUACGGAGGCUACCUCUCUCUUAUGGCUUUAAUGCAGAGGUCAGAUAUCUUCAGGGUUGCUGUUGCCGGAGCACCCGUCACGCUGUGGAUUUUCUAUGACACUGGUUACACAGAGCGCUACAUGGGCCACCCGGAUCACAACGAGCAGGGAUAUUACCUAGGUUCGGUGGCCAUGCAAGCUGAGAAGUUUCCUUCUGAACCAAACCGUUUGCUGCUGCUACAUGGGUUCUUGGAUGAGAAUGUUCACUUUGCACACACUAGUAUUUUGCUCAGCUUUUUAGUGAGAGCUGGGAAACCGUAUGACUUACAGAUCUACCCUCAGGAGAGACACAGUAUAAGGGUACCCGAGUCGGGAGAGCACUAUGAACUCCACCUACUGUAUUACCUGCAGGAGAAUCUGGGCUCCCGCAUUGCUGCCCUGAAGGCGAUGUAACUGACCUCUGCAGAACUCUGCUCAACUGGCUGCUUUACUGAAUGAGGAGAUGCAGGAAACUAGAGAAAAUAGGAUGGAACACUGCAUUUUGGUGCCUGCCAUGUGUACACACACACACACACACACGGAGACGCUUUUUUUUAAAAGUAAAUUUGGUGCCAUACAGGAAAUUAAAGGACGGUGGCCUAAUAACUUUAAAGCUUAAGAUGUAAAUAAAAUCAAAUGUCUGUGGUGUAAUGCAGUACCAUGGGUGUUCUCUUGGGGGAGGAGCUGAAACUGAAAAUAACGUACUUCCACAGCACCAGAACUGCACAUUUUAAAAGCAUUCUGAUCUAAUUGAUGUAUUUUUACAGUGUAUUCUAGGUAUCUUAUUACAUAAUACUAGAAGGCAUACUACACAGCAAAAAUUCACCUAGAUGGUUACAACUUAAAUUACAUUUUAAAUGUUAUCGUAUAGUUUUUAUGCUUCGCGAGGGGGGUGUGUCUCACUUCUGAGAAGUCAGUCACAAGUUAGACACAUCUCCUAUCUAGAUGUCAGUUGUUUUUUAAAAAGAAACACUUUUAAACUGCUUCCUAAAUAAUUUAAAUUUUUGAUUCAGUUCAGUCGAUGCCAGGUUCUUUUCAAUUAUUUCUUCUAUCCCCAGGAUAAAUCCUACCUUUUUUUUUUUUUCUCCUUUCAGCAGCUUGAUAUCCUGUCCUGAUUGUACUUGAUUUCAGCUGGGAAGUGAUGCUUUAAUGUAAUGUGGGCAUAACAAUCUUUUAUUCUGAAAUGCAAUCUAAUUUAAGACAAAGGACUGAAACUUUGUGAAUUUUAAAACAAGCUUAAAAGCGUAGCCCAUUUCUUGUUAACAUUUUUUUGCUGCUGUUCAUUCUGGAGCUGUUUUUGCAGUACUGUUUUCUGACUGAUAUCAUCAGCAUGAUAUAGGUAUAUAAAUCCUGUUACAGUUUUAAUAUACAAUACUCUAAUUCAAAGGUCUACAGAGAAUUUGGUGAGGAGAGACCUUACAAACACUACAUGUGAGGCAAUGUGAACUGUUGCAGUGAAUUGCUUUAUUCAAGGGAUUAUUUCCCAGACUCACACUCUUCAGUCCUCCAUUCCUGGGUCAUUUCGAGCACUGCUGCAUAGCAUGAUUAUGAUGCUGUAUUCGAGACCUCCCCCCCCCCCCGUAUAGCUUAAGGUAACCCACUAAGUCUAAAAGAUAUGCAAUCCCAGUUGUGUUUUUGUUAGUGAGAUUUUUAACUAAGCAGCAGGCUUGGCUAAAAAGCAUCGUGUGUGAAGUCUUUUAACUUGCAACAAGUCGUUUAAGAUAGAAAUCCAUAGCAAAAUGAUUCUCUUUAAUCCAGGAAAUUCUCCCCUUGGGGCCUGCCUCUGAGACUCCUAUAAGUUUUAAUGGUUUUCUUAGAAACCUAAGAACUUCCUUUUCUUUCCGUUUUGGUGCUGGAGAGAAGCAGAGCAUGAUUUUUCUUUUCAUCUUUUAAAAAUCUGGAAUCACUCUCAGUGUUUACGCUCUUAGUACUCCACAUGUCGUAACCUUGUAUUUUACUCGCUUUUGUACUGUUCAGCUUGACCCUGAAGCUCCGGGAUUUAACACAAUCUGGUUGUAUUGUAUCAAACCGCAUCAUUUUUCAGUGAGGCUGCUGGACAUAUGCACCAAAGCGAUCAGGGCUGGUGCAGUUACACGGUUGUAAAACUGCUGUGUGAGAACAGGAUCUGUUUUUUGGGUUAUGCAAAAGAUAGCCAAAGCAAACAGGCAUCCAGUAAGUGUAAAUUUCCUCUGACGUGGGGGUGUUUGGUUUGGGAUGUUUUCUGUUUUUCAGAUCACAGGGGUUUUUAAGUGGAUCAGAUAAAAUGCUACUAGCAGGUCAAUUACAACCUUACUGCUUUGAUUUGGGGAAGGGCAUAGCGUGGGAAGAGCCCAGCUCCUUAUAAUGUCUUCUCUUUGAGUAAUUAAUUUUUGUGGCUGAAGCUGGGCUAUAUGGAGUGUGCUAUAGUCAGUACUGAGAGAGGAGUAAGUGUGCUGAUGCACUUGAACUGGAGCAUGGCAGUGAGUAGAGAAGUAUAAGCUGUUACUAUUGAAUUCCUUUUUGUUCCUUAAGUGUUUAAGCUGUAUUAUAUAUACAUAUAUCUAUAUCUGUUCAUAUAUACAUAUAUGUAUAGAAUUACACGUGGAUAGUAUGACCUUUUCCAAGGUUGUUUAUAUUUUGUUCAAUAUUUAAUUAACUUGUUUUUGAGGGAUGUUUUUGCUCUUUUUCUAGAGGUGAUUACCCUUGAAUGUAAAUGUAUAUGAUUUUUAAGACAAAAUGGAUCUUUUUGUUUAAAAAAUGAAAAAACAAAAAAACAAAAAUGGCCUUCAUCAAACAGUGCUUUUUUGGCAACUGAAGAACUAAACGUUAUGCAAGCAAACUGGGCUAGGUUUUGGUUUAGCACAGGAUGUGAUUUUAAGAGCUGACAUAUAACUUCUAAAUAAUGCAUCCUUUCUUUGUUUUAAAUAUAUAUAUAUUGAAAAGCUAUUAAAGUACAAAGUACUGUACUCUAUUUUGCAACAUAAAUUAUGUAUUUCUUUCUUUCCUACAUUUUUUUUUCUUUUUACAGCAGUCAAGCACUUUAAGACCCCAUACUCUCUUAUCCUGCAGUAAUGCUGUGAGGAUUUGUAACAUCAGAGUUUUUGCAGUUCUCGCAAAAGACGCCUGCUUGUAGUUGAAGGUGUCAGAGCUGCCUUGUAUGAGGUUUGAGACUGAUGAAGUAGGGAGAUGCUGAGGACUCCCAAAACAGAGAUUAGUGCAUCCCUGUGGGGGAUCUGCCAGCAGCAGAGUGCUCUGUGCCCAGCAGGACACCUGCGCUGAGCAGUAGCAGGAUUGAGCCUUUGUUGCAUGGUGGAUAUUGGUUUCUUCCCAGCAGUUGCACUGGCAUCUUUGAGAUGAAUGUUUUAAUUUCCUAUCUUGAAAUCAAAUACAUGAAACCUGGGGACCUGAGCGAUGAGAUGCUGAAGUUGAGUGGUGAUGCCAGCAGUUUUCUUGUUCGCAGUGCUUGGGAUUUGUUGAGGUUGUUUUUCUGGGGCAAGUUCUUUGGCCCCUUUUUAAGACCGUUUCCAGUAAUCCCUUCAAGUUGAGUUUCACCCUUCACAUAAGAUUUGUAUUCCCUACCCCACCCCGUUGUUUUCAAUGAUCUCUUUUUAUUCAAAACAAACUAUAUUUGGUAAUUACCCAGAGCCACUUAAUUUUCAUAAACUCAAUUUAACUUCAAAAUGUUUGUUAAUGAAAUAAUGAAUUCAAAGCACCACGUAAAGCUUUGAAAAUCAGAUAACUUCAUUACAUUACAAUGGAAAGCGCAUUCUCUAGUUGUUAGUGCCGUUUGGGAAUAAGUUACGGAAACCCUUUUUGAGCAGAGAGGUGGAAUAAUGCUUUGACCUCGGAGAAGCAUACAUGGAGCCUGUGGGGCAAAUGGUGGAGAAUUCACAAACUGAGCACGGGGUCCCUGCACCUCCCUGUGAGGAAAUGGGGGCUGUGUUUCUGCUGUGUGUGCCUUUGUGGAAGGCAGGCUGUUUUGUUGCUGGCAUGAUGCUCAGCUUCUGGUGAGGCAACAAUAAGAGAAUAAAUAAAUAAAAUAAUCAGCCAGAUGAGGACACUGCCUUGAAUUGCCUGUUUAUUUGAAUACCAGAACCCUGUGAAGACUUGUGUACCCCUCGCAGGUCUUCAGGCCAGUCCUUUUGAAGGGGAAGAGAGUUCAUGUCUUUUUUACUGGGAUGUUCUGCACAGUAGAAGAUCAGGUGUUUGAUUUUAGAACAUGAAGUGCCUGCUGUUUGCGUUAACAAACUUGCAUGUCUCACCCCGGUGGGUUUGCUGGUCUCCCUCCCUCCCCACCUCUCUAGCUACCCAGCUUUUAAUCAUGUAAAGUGGAGACAUUAGUUUUGCUGCGUUUUAUUACAAAACCUUUGUUGCAAUAAAGAUGCUGCUAAAUAAAUUGAA